UUGUUUACUCAUCUCCUUCUUUGCUAUACUCGGCAUGUGCUUGCUUCGUUAAUUUCUUCUUCUAACGUGUUUAUUUUGUAGAGAAAAAAUGGAAGCUAUCAACAUCACCGAUGGAGGAUUUUCCACUUCUUCUCCAUUCUCUCCUUUCUCAUUGUUCAAAUCUGCCCUAAUCAAUCGAGCAUUGAUGGUUAUCUUCCUGAAUAUGAAUUCCACGAAGGCCAUUGCAAUUUCUGUUGUUUUAAGCAUGCUUGUUGGAAAAGGACUUCUUGACAUUGACUACGAAGUUAUGAUGAUCAGAAUCGUUUCCGUCUUACUCUAUAAGGAGUUCAAGGAAGUUCACGUCAGGUGUUUCAAGAAAUUGCUCAAUCAUUUGUUCUCCUUCUACUUUCGUCUCUGAGUUUUCGUUGUGAGUUCGUAGGAUUUUGGAUUUUUGGUGCGUUUUCAGCUUCUCGUUUAUCAUGCACUAAGAUGAUAUGGUACAUUAAUUACUUUUUACAAAAAAGUGAUUUCAUUAUUUGUACCAAAAAAUGAUUUCACAAUUUUUUUUUUUUAUACUACAGUACACCAAUUGAAUUUUGACGAUUAACAUUCCCUACGUAAAUGGAAUUAGUUGUUAUUAGAUAAUAUAUUGAAGCUAGUUUUAUUUACGGUUUUUUUGUUUUGUAGGAACAAAAGAUAGAGUUUGUUACCUAUACAAAGGCAGGCUUGUGUCCUGUAUACUUUUUUUAUUUUUUUCUUCUUUCAA